CCCCUCCUCAACUUUUCUUUACUCUGCAAGUGUACUCAAUGCGACAUUUUAAAACUAUAUUUAUUAAAGUAUAAACAGAAUUUUCUAGACAUUGAAUAAUGAAUUAUAUAUAUGUACUUUUAUUUUUGACCUAUUUAGCGGAUUUUCAUUAAUAUGUCUUCUAUUUUUUUCUUUUGAAGGAGAAGAAAAUUAAUAUUUAUAAUAAUAUCUCCGGUCCCCCCUUCAAUAGGUUUAAGAAUCAGUAUUCUCCAGUCCCCCCUUCAAUAGGUUUAAGAAUCAGUAUUCUCCAGUCCCCUCUGAGUAGGUUUAAGAAUCAGUAUUCUCCAGUCCCCUCUGAGUAGGUUUAAGAAUCAGUAUUCUCCAGUACCCUCUGAGUAGGUUUAAGAAUCAGUAUUCUCCAGUUCCCUCUGAGAGGGUUUAAGAAUCAGUAUUCUCCAGUCCCCCCUUCAAUAGGUUUAAGAAUCAGUAUUCUCCGGUCCCCUCUGAGUAGGUUUAAGCAUCAGUAUUCUCCAGUCCCAUUCUGACUAGGUUUCAGAAUCAGUAUUCUCCAGUCCCCUCUGAGUAGGUUUAAGAAUCAGUAUUCUCCAGUCCCCUCUGAGUAGGUUUAAGAAUCGGUAUUCUCCGGUCCCUUCUGAGUAGGUUUGAGAAUCAGUAUUCUCAAGUCCCCUCUGAGUAGGUUUAAGAAUCAGUAUUCUCAAGUCCCCUCUGAGUAGGUUUAAGAAUCAGUAUUCUCCAGUCCCCUCUGACUGAGUAGGUUUAAGAAUCGGUAUUCUCCAGUCCCCUCUGAGUAGGUUUAAGAAUCAAUAUUAUUUCUCCAGUCCCCUCUGAGUAGGUUUAAAAAUCGGUAUUCUCCGGUCCCCUCUGAGUAGGUUUAGGAAUCAGUAUUCUCCGGUUCACUCUGAGUUAGUAAAAGAAUCAAAUUACAAUAUCUUUAGAUUCAGUUGUUUUCGAACUGCCAUCAUCUCUCAGUUACAGCAAUGCAUUCUUUGUUAUUGUUAUUUAUAGGUUUACACUUUACCCUUUGCUCUUCUACCCAGCCCAACAAAAAACAGGAGACUGUAUCUGCUGCUAGGGUUGUGUCCCAACAAUGCAAAACUUUAACAAUUAAUCAGUACAGUCCUUCUGACUGGAAUAUAUUGAAGCCUGUAAAAGAUGGAAAGUGGGUUCUUCCCUUCAGUGUGAAGGUUCAUGAACCUAACACAAUUUUUCGAAUUGAUUUUGCAUCGAGAGAUGAAGAGGAAGACCAAGGUGGGAAGGAGGAGGAGGAGGAGGAGGAGGAGGAGGAAGAUGGGAUGAAAAAAGAAGAAAAUGAGAUUAAAGAAGAAUUGAGCAUGGAUGUUAGGGAAAUUAUUAAUAAUCAGAUUGAGAAGGAUGGGAAUGACAGAGAUAUGAAUGACAAGGAUGCAAAUGAAAAGGAUGAGAAUAACAAGGAUGGGAAGGACAAGAAUUGGAAUGACAAGGAUGAGAGAGAUGAUGAAAAUGAGGAUGAAGGAUACAAGGAUGAAGUGGAUCUGGAUGAAGGGGAUGAGGAUGAGGUUAAGCUGGAUGAUAUUGUAGAAACAACAGCUGGUGUAGAAUUCGGACCAACAGCGGCCCGACUGACUCAGGUUAAUGAGUAUAGUGAGGAGGUUAAGGACACUGGAGAUAUUCAUAAUUUCAUUGUGAUGGAAACAGAAAUUGGCUUCAUCAUCAGAUUGAGACAAAAGGAGAAAACAGGUGUAUUGAGCCUAUUCAUCGGAGGUACAUAUUCAUAUUUUUUCAAACAAAAAUGGAACUAAACAUGAGACCAGACAU